CAGAGACACGCACGAUUUGGUUAGCGUUCGACGCAAAAGGAAGUGAUAAUUUAACGAGUAACCAAACACGUUCUAAGUGUAGUAGUAGUGUUGUGGACAUAAACCCUGACCUGUCACCACUGUCAACACCAUAAACCCUAACUAGGAUUUUGUAAUUCACUUGUGAGUUUUGAGCAGCCACCGUCAGAAUCCCAAAAAAUGGACCCCAAAAACGUGAAAUCUGACCUUGUUCUCAUCCUCGAUUACGGUUCCCAAUACACGCACCUCAUCACUCGCCGAAUCCGUAGUCUCUCCGUCUUCUCUCUCUGCAUCUCCGGCACCUCCUCCCUCGCCACCAUCACCGACCUCAACCCCUCCGUCGUCAUUCUCUCCGGUGGUCCCCACUCUGUUCACACCCCCGACUCCCCCUCCUUCCCCGAUGGCUUCCUUUCCUGGGCCCGCUCCCAUGGCGUCGUUGUCCUCGGCAUCUGCUACGGUCUCCAACUCCUCGUCCAGCGCCUCGGCGGCGACGUCCGAGUCGGACACAAGCAGGAGUACGGCCGCAUGGAAAUCUGCGUGGACAAACCCUCCGCGCUCUUCCCGUCCGGGAAAGUUGGUAAACGACAGGUCGUUUGGAUGAGCCACGGCGACGAGGCUGUCACGCUCCCCGAUGGCUUCCACGUCAUCGCCCGCAGCGACCAGGGCGCUGUCGCUGCCAUCGAAAAUCCCUCCGCUAAGUUCUAUGGCCUCCAGUAUCAUCCUGAGGUGACGCAUACAGAGGAAGGAAUGGAAACCUUGCGGCAUUUUCUGUUUGAUGUCUGUGGCGUGGAAGCAGGGUGGAACAUGGAGGAUGUGAUGGAGGAGGAGAUAAAGGUGAUUAAUGAGACGGUGGGGCCUGAUGAGCAUGUCAUAUGUGCUUUGUCUGGUGGUGUGGAUUCCACUGUUGCUGCAACGCUUGUGCAUAAGGCUAUUGGCGGUAGGCUUCAUUGCGUGUUUGUGGAUAAUGGGCUGCUUAGGUAUAAGGAGAGGGAGCGUGUGAUGGAGACCUUCGAGAAGGAUCUUCAUCUGCCAGUUGUGUGUGUUGAUGCCGUGGAUCAGUUUCUUACGAAGUUGAAAGGUGUGACGGAUCCGGAGACCAAGAGGAAGAUUAUUGGGAAGGAGUUUAUUUGUAUUUUUGAUGCAUUUGCUCAGGAGCUUGAAGCUAAGCUGGGAAAGAAGCCGGCUUACUUGGUUCAAGGGACGUUGUAUCCGGAUGUAAUUGAAUCUUGCCCUCCACCUGGGACUGGGAGAACCCACUCCCAUACCAUUAAAAGUCAUCAUAAUGUUGGAGGUCUUCCGAAGGACAUGAAAUUGAAGCUUAUUGAACCGCUUAAGCUACUAUUCAAGGAUGAGGUUCGUCAAUUAGGGAAGAUCUUGAAUGUUCCUGAGGCAUUUCUAAAACGCCAUCCAUUCCCUGGGCCUGGUCUUGCUGUGAGAGUUUUGGGUGACGUGACUGAAGGAAAUGCUUUAGAUAUUCUCCGGCAGGUUGAUGAGAUCUUCAUCCAAUCAAUCAAGGACGCUGGGCUCUAUGAUUCAAUAUGGCAAGCUUUUGCAGUUUUCUUGCCUGUUCGAUCAGUUGGUGUUCAAGGUGAUCAAAGAACACACUCCCAUGUUGUUGCUCUUAGAGCUGUUACAAGUCAAGAUGGAAUGACUGCAGACUGGUACUACUUUGAGCACAAGUUCCUUGACGACGUAGCCAGAAAGAUUUGUAAUGGUGUUCGUGGUGUAAACCGUGUUGUGCAAGACAUUACCUCAAAGCCACCAUCAACAAUUGAAUGGGAAUAAUUAGCAUUUAUGGUUUUUAUUUUACAAAAGUUGUGAGGCAUUAUCAAGUUGUAUAUGCGCUAAGGCUGUGACUAUUUUCUUAUUUGAUUAUCUUAGUUUGGAGGGAUGUUAUGGGAGCGGGAAUUUCUAGUGGAAUUGAUAUGAUUGUUGUGACUGUGAUUGGAAUAGGAGUUUAGAGGACAAUAACCUAAAUUAUUACAUUGUAAUGAUUUUUUGCCCCCAUGAAUCAAUUUUAUUGAUGUAGUUUUUGAA